AUGACGGACGAUGCCUCGAAGCUCUGGAACAACUAUGUGAUCCACUCCAAAGUUCACGGCGGCAGCUUCACAUCCUUACCCUACCACGAACACCAAGCCCAAGUACCCGAGUGCUUUUGGUACGGCACGCCUAGCACCACCGAAUCUUGGGGACUCAACAUCAAAACGAUUGCCGUUAAUCUGUCGUUUGCUUUCACCAAGCGCGCAACUGCGUUGUGGUUGCUCGAUUUCGAUGAUUGCUCGCCAAUCACAAUGGAUAUGCGGGGGUUGGACAUGACAGUCAAGGCGUUUCUGGAUAUGGAUUGCUAUUGUCCAAAGCCUAAUGCGUACAAAGAGUAUGGCUCUGAGUUGGACUUCCCACACUACUCCUUUCGUCUAUGUGGCAAGGCUGUUUCCUGUGUGCUGAUGGCUCGGACGAGGAGUAUCAAGAAGAUACUGAUGGAGACUGUUGCUCAAAACUGA